AUGCAAAAAACAUUGACUGGACCUUUCAGCGAGAUUGGACUUCGCCCACAGCGCAAAGAAGACACUGCAAAAGCAUGGGAUGAAAUUUCGCCGUAA